UCAACGAUCGCACGAUUCAGGCUACAGUCACGAAAACAGGAUCCACAAGCAUGAGACUACAGUUGGUAGGAAAGCGUAGUUUACGCUGCCAGAUACACCAGUAUUUCUACCACAGCAAUCGAUAUUCCUUGUGUGGUAGUCUACGGUGUAUAAGCUCUGCUUCAAGCUCCACUAUUACAGAAUCACAACCAAGACUGAAGGCAUUUAAUGACAUACCAGGUCCAAGACCAUGGCCGUUGAUUGGAUCAUUGCCUUACAUAAUGACUAGAUUACGAGGAAGAGAAUUUGCGAAGGCCAUGCUUGAAUCACAGCACUUUGGUGUAAAGGACUUUGGAAGGAUUCAUAAAUUUGUGAUUCCUGGGUUUACGACGCCUUUUGUGCAGCUUGCCGACCCGAACGAGGUUAUCAAACUAUUCCACCCUGAACCAAAGUACCCCAGACGAGUUGAAAUGCCCAUCUUGGACCACUUCAUGAAAGAGCAUAAUAAAAUCAAAGGAGUUUUCUUCGCCSAUGGCCAUGACUGGUACAGACAUCGAAGCGUUAUCAGCAAACGAAUGUUGAUUCCCAAGAAGGUCAGUGAUUAUUCACCACAGCUGAAUGACGUCAUUACGGAUUUUAUGGCAAGACUUGACAACAUCAUAGAGAGGCCUGGGUCUGAAUUUGCGCAUGAAGUCAGAAAGUUAGAUGGAGAGCUUUUCAAAUGGGCUUUUGAGUCGAUAUCUUUUGUGCUUCUCGAGAGAAGAUUUGGGUGUUUGAAAGAUAAUAUGAACGAAGAUGCCCAGCAAUUUCUCGAUGCUGUUCACGGAUGGCUGAAUAGCGUAUUUCCUGUGAGUUUUUUACCAAUGUCAGUUUACAAAUAUUACAAGACAAAGGCUUACAAAGACUUCAUGUUUUACUUUGAGCAAAUGUUCAAGUAUGCAGAGUUGUUCAUUGAUAAGAGAAUCAGAGAACUUGAUGAAAAGAAGAGAAAUUUGGAUGGAAAGGAAGAGUCUGAUAGUUUCAACGAGGUCGGUUUCUUCGAGUUUUUAAUCGCCAACGGCAAACUUUCUCGACAAGAUAUCGUGGGAAGCGUGAUCGAUUUAAUAUUCGCAGGUGUUGAAACAUCAUCCAACACUGUCUUAUGGUCGCUGUACAUGCUUGGAAAAAACCAAGACAAGCAAGACAACUUGUACAAAGAAAUUACAUCUGUCCUCAAACCAGGAGAAAUYCCGUCACCAGAAACCAUUAACAAAAUGCCUUACCUGAAGGCGUGGAUCAAGGAAACUCUACGCUUGUACCCAGUCCUCCAGAGUAUUACACGACAGUUACAGGAUGAUACUGAAYUGUGCGGCUACCUUGUCCCAGCAGGCACUCAUGUCCAAGUACUGUCUUAUUUUCUUUGCCGCGACGAAAGUGUCUUCRCAAAUGCAGAGCACUUCACACCUGAAAGAUGGCUGAGGGACCCUGGUAACAAACACCAGGGUGUCCCAUACUCCUUUGCGUCUAUACCAUUUGGGUUUGGCAAGAGAAUGUGUGCAGGGAGGCGGAUAGCCGAGUUGGAAAUGUAUCUGCUAUUAUCCAGGAUUGUUCUGGAAUAUAAAGUACUUUACCCWCACGAGGACGACGUUGAACCUGAAACUAGGGGCGCCGUUGUGCCYGACCGRGAUGUUAGAGUCAAAUUUAUAAAAAGGAACUAAACAAACUGAUGCAUGUUUGAUGGUGAUUUAUCAUAAUAUUUUAUGAUGUAAAAUGCGAGAUCACAUGCAURACAAUCUGUAGUCUAUACCUUCAUUUGUACAUACAAGGACUUUGUCGCUACUUAAUAAGUUAAGUUUCACGCAUUACGCGAUCAUCAGACUACAACUUAUAGGUAGUUUUACAUAUUUGAAGUCCAUAUUUAAGCGUCCAUAUUGAAACACAUUGCCUGCGUUUCAAACGCAUCUUACUUUGAGAUARUGCGUCGAAAAAUAUCGUUUCUUGAUCUGUCGCAAAUUUUAAGCGAUUGUGAAAGAAACGCGCGCGAUGUACGCUCUAUGUGACCACUUUAGUCAAAAAGAUAUAAACACAUCUCAAAGCCAGAUAUUCUAGCUGAAGCUCGGCCUUUUCAA